GGCUCCGGCGUCCGGCAACUUCAGCGCCGGAAUUUCCGGCUGGUGCGGCCAUCUUGACUCCCUGACCUUGGGCUUUGGCUGGUCCUUGUCCGUCGUCAUUCCGCGCCGUCAUGUCUGUCCUGACGCCGCUGCUGCUGAGGAGCCUGACCGGCUCAGCCCGGCGGCUCAUGGUGCCGCGGGCUCAGGUCCACUCGAAGCCGGCGCGGGAGCAGCUCGGGGUCCUGGAUAUCACCAUUGGGCUCACUUCCUGCUUCGUGUGUUGUCUUCUGCCUGCGGGCUGGGUCCUGUCACACCUGGAGAGCUACAAGAAGCGGGAAUGAAGGGAGCUGUCUUCCCCUCAUCCUUUGACUAGACCACUCUUGCCAGCCCACCUUGAUCAUGUUUCCUGCAUUCCUGGCUGGCCUUCCCCGGGAUCAUGUUAUUCAAUUCCAGUCACCUCUUCUGCAAUCAUGACCUCUCGAUGUCUCCAUGGUGACAACUGGGACCACAUGUAUUGGCUCUGCUUGGUGGGGUCCCCCUUUGUAACAAUAAAGUCUAUUUAAACCUUG